AAGAUGUCACUAAGCUUUACACCUUUGCCAACUAGGUUAGGUUGGAAUUUUAAAGACAGAUCGGAAGAUGUCUACCAAAAACAAUUCAAUAGAUGCUCGCCAAGAAUUGGCAGAGCUAGUGAAACGAAAAGCUGAAAUUGGAGAAACACUUGCAAAUUUGGAAAAACAAAUUUAUGCUUUUGAAGGAUCCUAUCUAGAAGAUACUCAGCUCUAUGGCAAUAUUAUCAGAGGAUGGGACAGAUAUCUGUCCAGUAAUAAGACUACAAACUCCAAAGCAGAUAAACGCAAUAGGAAAUUCAAAGAAGCUGAAAGAUUAUUCUCAAAAUCAUCAAUUACAUCAAUGGCAGCUGUAAGUGGGAUUGUUGACCAAAAUCCAGAUAAAAUGGACAGACAGAGUGAAACAGAAUCUCUAACAAAUGAAGACUCCAGUGACACAAACAUGGGAUCCUUAACUAACCACAUUGACUCCAGUAUCAAAACUGCAGGAAAACAAUCUACUAACUCUAAUUCAUUUCCCAAUGGGGUCCAAAAUGGCUUGGACAGAAACAGUCCAAUCACAGACACCUCAGCCAAACAGAAAAAUUUCCCUAACAGUGCUAAGAAAAACAAUAACAAGAAAGCUAGGCAUAGAUAACAAAAUAAGUGAUUUGGAAACAGAAACAGGACAUGAUGUUGCACAGUAUUUUGUAUAUUUUGAACUAGUUAUGUGUGUUUGUAAUGGAUCAUUUGAGGCUAUACACUUGAAAAGACUUAAAUGUAAAUACAUGUAUUAUAGUAGCAGAUGUUUAUGUUAUCUUCCCCAUCAAAUUUUGACUAAAAAUAUUGUUUAAAAAAUCAUUUGAAAAUCUCUAUAUGAAAAUGAACAAAUAUUUGAAGGAUGAAAUAGUGGAGUGCUACUGCUAUUUUUUCUGGCUUGCCUCUUGAAAUGAAGACAAGGAGAAAAAGAUUCAUUGUUUAAAUAAUUUAUAUUAACAUCUGAAUAGGAGUAUUAUCACAAAUUGUAUACUUACAGGUAAAAAUAGUUAUAUAAAUAGGUAAAUUUCGAAUAUACAAAACAAACAAAUAUACAAAUGUUACAAUGAAAUUUACAAUAUUUGCCUCCAUGAAAUUGGUAACAUAAAAAUGAAUAUAAGAAUUCCUAAACAUAAAAUACCCUUUGAAUUGGACAUGGUAUUGUGAGAAUCAAAAUAAUAUGAAUCACUCACAUAAGGUAUUCCUCAGGUUCCUGAUACAGUCAAUGACUCAGCAAAUCUUGAUUCUGAAAAUUAAGAAAAUUCUCAUUCUUGCACAUGAAUCAUUUACACAGAAAUACUGACGCUGUAUUAUUGUUGGAUCUUUCUUCUUCACAUAUAACUGUGCUAUCAAGUAAAAGACAGCUGGAAUUAUUAUGACUAGUACAUUCAAGAAAAUGAAUGUAUAUUCAGUAUGUUCCCGGUAUUUACAACAGCUUGUACUCCAAAAUGACCAAGUUGUGUUCAUCUGAAAUUUCAUUCAAACAGGUAAGUAUUAACAACAUAACAACUUUUUUGUGUGGUCCUUUACUUACUAUAUCAACAAGAUCCAUACAGAGUCCUAUUUUCUCAUUGUAUUUACUUAUACUACUAUAAUAAUCUCUUAAAAGAAUGUAAUUGUUCAUACAGUCAGGACAUAGGGUAUCAGCAUCUUUAGUGUCAUUAACACAGCUCAUAAAAAUAUUGUAGUACUUUAGGAAUUGUACAGUUUCAUUGGAUUGUUUUCUGGUAUGCUGUCCAUUUUCAAAAACAAAACAUUCAUGACAUUUUGCCCUGUUCCAUAAAUCUAAACUGUUUUGGUAUAAGGUUUGUAAAAUUUCAAGCCUAUCCAAGUUGAUGAAGUGGUUUAAACAAGAACUUCCAUUGAUUACAUCCUAAAAAGUACCUAUAUGCUCAUAAUCUUACAUUUGGAUUUGAAAAUGAUAGAAAUAUCACCUUAGACAUAUUGGCAUAACUUUCUACAACAUUUGAAUAUAUGUCCACACAGUUUUCACAUAAUGUUAUAGGUCUUGAAUGCUGAAUUGCACAGUAUGUGAAAUUGGCAUUGGCAAUUGCAAAAUUGUUCCUUAUCUCUGUGCAGUUAUUAGAGGUGCUUUUGUCCAUGAAUGCUGAAGAUGUUCUAAAAUAUCAUAAGUGUUUUUGGAAUGAUAAAAAAAAAGUGAUGAACUUACAUGAUACCCUUUAAAAAUAAUAACAAAAAUACAUUAUUUCUAUACAUUUUCAGUAGUAGACAAAUAUUCCAUCAUCCUUUGUCACUUGUUCCUAGUCAUAGUCAUAACCAUAAUAUAUUAUUAUGAUAUUUCACUUUACUCAAUGCUUGAAGGAGAUAAGGAAUGUUCACUAAUUACUCAACAUUAUUCAAUAUUAUAAACAUUAUUACCACUAUAACCAGUCACCACAAAAUUUAACAGGUUUUUACUGAUCGUGCACCACAACACCCAUAUUUUCACAUAUUUAUUCAUAGCAAUCAUAGCCAUAGCACAACAAUGGCACAACAGUCACAACACAAAAAACAAAAAGGAAGAAGGAAGUGUAUAGACAGCCGACCAGUCGGCAAUCUAUAGUUUUUUUUUAGGUUGCCGAACGGUCGACAGACUAUAAUUCUCUUGUUUAUGAUGCCGACCCAAGCCGACCAUUGUGCCGUUUCUAAAUAAUUAUUAUAUUUUCAGGAUUUUAUUAAUUUUAAGAAAGAAAAAACAUGAUAAAUAAUGAAAUAUACACCAAAUUCGUGAUAGAAAAUAAG